UACCAAUAUAUUGGUUUUCCAACUGCCAAUAAGCACUGAGAAAUAGCCAACGAAGAAGAAAAGUGGGAACGAGAAGAAGCGUGUUGCUAGCACAACUCAGCUAACACUAUACUACGACACGACAUCAGACUCGGGAGAUUUGUGACCUUCAACAAAGAAGCCAUGUCUUCAACAUCCCAGAAACAUCGUGAUUUUGUGACUGAGCCAAUAGGAGAAAAACCUGUGUUUGCUCUUGGAGGUAUUGGCGAGGUCCUUGGAAAAAGACUGGAGGAGAAAGGUUUUGACAAGGCGUACGUUGUCCUCGGACAGUUUCUCCUGCUAAAGAAAGACGAGGAGCUUUUCCGGGAAUGGCUAAAGGACACUUGUGGUGCAAACUCAAAACAACAAGGUGACUGCUUCAACUGCCUUAAAGAAUGGUGUGACGCCUUCCUAUGAAGCUUCGGUCGUUUCUUUUAUAUAUAUUUUUUUGUAGUUCAAACUGAUUGUUGGCUCUCGUAAAAGAUUUAAUCCACUAUAUAUGAAUAUAUUAACAAACACUGCAACACACCUAUGAGGUUUAUUGAAGUAAUCUUUUAAUUGUACUCACUGUUAUUGCCUUUUCACUCAGUCACAGCCUGUAUCACAUUUUAAUUGAUCUUAAGAAUGAUCUAAAUAAAUUUGGAAGUGAAGUUGU